AUGAGUACGGCAAUAGAAAAUUGCGCUGGCCCAAAUGCGGCCGAAAUUACUACCGCUGAGAACUUAAAGAAAGAGGCUAACGAAUUUUUCAAAAAACAAAUGUAUGAAAAAGCAAUAGAAAUGUAUACAAAAGCUAUUGAAAUGAACCCUACAGUAGCAGCAUAUUAUGGAAAUAGAAGUUUGGCUCAUUUAAGGACUGAGUGUUUUGGUUAUGCCUUGGAAGAUGCUUCAAAAGCAUUGGAAUUAGACAAAAAUUACAUUAAAGGGUACUAUAGAAGAGCUACAGCAUACAUGUCAUUGGGAAAAUUUAAACUAGCUUUAAAAGAUUAUGAAACUGUUAAGAAAGCCAAACCCAAUGAUAAAGAUGCUCAAAUGAAAUUUAUGGAAUGUAAUAAAAUUGUAAAAAAGAUAGCCUUUGAAAAAGCAAUCGCCGUUGAAGAUACUAAAAGUAUAGCCGAUAUAAUCGAUUUGGAAAGUAUAGUUAUUGAAGAUGAAUACACUGGGCCAAAACUUGAAGAUGGUAAAGUUACUUUGGAGUUUAUGACUUGUCUUAUGCAACAUUUUAAAGAGCAAAAAAAACUUCACAGAAAAUAUGCCUACAAGAUCUUAGUUGAUGUUAAACAAUUGUUUAUGGCUCAGCCAUCUUUAGUCGAUAUAACAGUCGAGCCAGAUGCUAAAUUCACAGUUUGUGGAGAUAUACAUGGACAGUUUUACGAUUUAAUGAACAUUUUCGAUUUAAAUGGGCUUCCAUCGGAAAAAAAUCCAUAUCUGUUUAAUGGAGAUUUUGUUGACAGAGGAUCGUUCUCUGUUGAAUGCAUAUUUACCUUAUUUGGCUUUAAACUACUUUAUCCGAAUCAUUUUUUCAUGUCAAGAGGAAAUCAUGAAAGUCAAACUAUGAAUCAAAUUUAUGGUUUUGAAGGAGAAGUAAAAUCAAAAUACACAGCUCAAAUGGCAGAGUUUUUUACUGAAGUGUAUAAUUGGCUUCCUCUAGCUCAUUGUAUAAAUAACAGAGUUUUAGUUAUGCAUGGAGGUUUAUUUUCAAAAGAAAACGUUUCUUUAGAUGAUAUUAGAAAAAUAUACAGAAAUCGACAACCUCCUGAUGAAGGUUUAAUGUGCGAUUUACUUUGGUCUGAUCCUCAACCAAUUAAUGGAAUAGCUCAAAGUAAAAGAGGUGUUGGUGUGCAAUUCGGACCUGAUGUUACUAAAAAAUUUUUAGAAUUCAAUAAAUUGGAUUACAUAAUUAGAAGUCACGAAGUUAAAAAUGACGGUUAUGAAGAGGCGCACGAUGGAAAAUGUAUCACCGUAUUUUCCGCUCCAAAUUACUGUGAUCAAAUGGGUAAUAAAGGUGCCUUUAUUACAUUGGAAGGAAAAAGUAUGAAACCGAAAUACACAGUGUAUGAUUCAGUGCCUCAUCCGGAUGUAAAGCCUAUGAUGUAUGCUAGUUCGUUAAUGAAUUUGCUACCUUAUAAGAAUUAUUUUUAA